AUGAGCUUCAGCCAGGAGGCGUCCUCCUCCCAGGAGCUGCUGCGGCAGCGGCCACAGCCUCUGCGCUCGCUCCGCGAGCGAUCGCUCUUCCCGCCGCCCGUGGAGAACCCCUUUGUGAAGGAGAGGCACUUCAGCGCGUCGCGCUGGCUCUGCAUCUCACUGGGCGGCCUGCUCCUGCUGCCCGUGCGCUUCAUCGUCUUGCUCCUGCUGGUCUUACUCUCUUGGCCGUUGGCCUUCGUGGCCACCGCCUUCUACCCGCCCAGGCUGAGCCAGCCCUUGCGGUCAUGGAGGCGGCGGCUGACCCACCCGCUGCUGCAGGUGUUGGCUCGCAUCUUCUUCUUCGUAAUGGGCUUCCUGGUGAAGGUGAAGGGGGUGCGGGCCAGCCCCCGCGAGGCGCCCAUCUUCGUGGCCGCCCCGCACUCCAGCUUCUUCGACAGCAUCGCCUGGAUCAUCACCGGCUUGCCGACCGUUGUGUCUCGGCAGGAGACGGCCAGCUUCCCGUUCGUUGGCCGGCUGCUUCUGAGCGGCCAGCCAGUGCUCGUGUCCCGCACCGACCCGGAUUCCAGGAAGCACACGGUUAACGAGAUUAAAAAGCGUGCCUCCUCCCUAGGGACCUGGCCGCAGAUCCUGAUUUUCCCCGAAGCCACCUGCACCAACCGCUCGUGCCUGAUUACUUUCAAACCGGGAGCCUUCGUUCCUGGGGUCCCCGUGCAGCCGCUGUUGCUCCGGUACCCCAACAAGGUGGACACCGUGACCUGGACUUGGCAGGGCAGUUCGGCCUUCCAGCUGUUCCUGUUGACCCUCACGCAGCCCUUCACAAAUAUGGAAGUGGAGUUCAUGCCCGUCUACAUCCCUGACGAUGAAGAAAGAAACGAUCCUGCCCUUUAUGCCAACAGAGUACGGAACGUCAUGGCCAAUGCCCUCCAGUUGCCCGUCACAGAGCAUACCUACGAAGACUGCAGAUUAAUGAUUUCGGCAGGAAAGCUGACCUUGCCUAUGGAAGCUGGAUUGGUGGAAUUUACCAAAAUUAGCCAGAAGUUGAAUUUGGAUUGGGAUACUGUCAGAAAACAUUUGGAUGAAUAUGCCACGAUUGCAACUUCCUCCAAAGGCGGCAGGAUCGGAAUCGAAGAGUUUGCCAGGUAUUUGAUGCUUCCGAUUACUGAUACCCUCAGGCAGCUCUUUGGGCUCUUUGACCGGAACCAUGAUGGGACCAUAGACUUUAGAGAAUAUGUGAUUGGGCUAUCUGUCCUGUGCAACCCUGCCAACACAGAAGACCUUAUCCACAUGGCUUUUAAGCUCUUUGACAUUGAUGAGGAUGGUUAUAUAACAGAGAGAGAGUUUGCCAGCAUUCUACAGGCUUCUCUUGGUGUAAGAAACCUUGAAGUUUCAAGUCUCUUCCAGGAAAUAGCCAAAGAAAAUUCAAAUCACAUUUCCUAUUCAGAAUUUAAAAGUUUUGCUAUGAAGAAUCCAGAAUAUGCCAGAUUGUUUACUACGUACUUAGAACUCCAGGCGAGCCACGUGUUUUCAUUACCAAAAGACAUUAAGUUUACAGGAUCGAAUUCAGAUAACAAAGACCACUCUGAAAAUGGUGAUGAAGGUUUCUCAGACAAAAAAGAUAACUAA